CUGACAUCAAACUUUUGAUGAAAACUGUUGUUUGUGUCGAAGAAAAAAAAAUACAGUUGAUGUGUGAAAAUGUCCAAGGACUCGUGGGCGUUGGCUGUCGAUGUUCAAGAGGCUACAACUCCAUCAUUACAGGGUGACUUUUCAAAGAACGCGGAUCGAGUUCGUGGUCCAUUUAACUUGAGAGGAGACAUAAACGGAAACAUUGUGCCGGAGAAGACUGGAAAUGGAGACUGGAGAAGAGAUGUGGACAAGGUGGACCUGGCUGAGCAGUCCCUGUUGAAUAAACUGAUCCGCCGGUCGCUGGUGCGGAACAGAAACCAGGUGGAGGUCCUGCAGAGGGACCCCACCUCACCUCUGUACUCCGUGAAGACGUUUGAGGAGCUUAGAUUGAAGCCUGAGCUGCUGAAGGGUGUGUACAGCAUGGGUUUCAACAGACCAUCCAGAAUCCAGGAGAACGCUUUGCCCAUGAUGCUGGCACAACCACCUCAGAAUCUGAUCGCCCAGUCGCAGUCUGGCACAGGUAAAACCGCUGCUUUUUCUCUGGCCAUGCUCAGCCAUGUAAACCCCGCCAAUAAGUGGACUCAGUGUCUGUGCAUCUCGCCAACGUAUGAGCUCGCUCUGCAGAUCGGCCAAGUCAUCGAGCAAAUGGGGAAAUUUUGUCCAGAUGUGAAACUGGCGUACGCCAUUCGAGGCAACAGAAUGGAGCGGGGCAUCAGGCUGCAGGAGCAGAUUGUCAUUGGAACACCAGGCACAGUCCUCGACUGGUGCACCAAGUACAAGCUCAUUGACCCCAAGAAGAUCACUAUGUUUGUGUUGGACGAGGCAGAUGUGAUGAUCGCCACACAGGGUCAUCGGGACCAGAGCAUUCGAAUCCAUAGACUGCUGACAAAGGACUGCCAGAUGCUCCUUUUCUCUGCAACUUUUGAGGACUCUGUGUGGAGGUUUGCAGAGCAGGUGGUUCCAGACCCAAAUAUCAUCAGGCUGAAGCGCGAAGAGGAGACACUGGACACCAUCAAGCAGUUCUAUGUGGUCUGCAACGAGAAGGAGGACAAGUUCACAGCACUCUGCAAUCUGUACGGAAGCCUUACCAUUGCACAGGCUAUGAUCUUCUGCCAUACUCGUAAGAUGGCCGCUUGGCUGACUGCGCACCUGACCAAAGAGGGCCACCAGGUGGCGCUGCUGAGCGGGGAAAUGACCGUGGAGCAAAGAGCUUCUGUCAUCGAACGCUUCAGGAACGGAAAGGAGAAGGUGCUCGUGACCACCAACGUGUGCUCCAGAGGUAUUGAUGUCGAGCAGGUGUCACUUGUGGUGAACUUUGACCUCCCUGUGGACAUGGACGGGAACGCAGACAAUGAGACCUACCUUCACCGGAUUGGCCGCACGGGACGCUUUGGCAGAAGAGGAUUUGCUGUCAACAUGGUUGACAGCAAACAGAGCAUGAAUAUUAUCAACCAAAUUGAGAUGCAUUUCAACAGGAAAAUCACAAAACUCGACACUGGCAAUCUUGAAGAAAUGGAACUCCUGUUGAGCUGAACGCUCUGCUCUGAACGUGCACUACGCAAUACUGAAGCAGUUAGACGUGUUACCUCAAACGUGACUCGAGUUCUUUC